AUGGCUCGAUUCGGCGACCUGUCCGACGUGAGCGGCGGGGCGCUGAGGGCGGCGGAGGCGAGGUGGGCGGGCGUGACGGCGCAGCUGAACGCGAGCGGGGCCGGCGGCGGCGGCGUGGUGGCCGGUGGGGGCGGGGAGGGGGCGUCGGGCGCGGCGCCGCCGCAGCGGUUCGCGCCCUUCCACGCGGCGGCGGCGUCGGUUUUCGAGCGGUUUGGUCGCACGCGGCUGGUUCCGGUCGUCUCGCUCGCUUCGCCGGAAGCCGCGGAGCCGGUCGCUCGCGCGCUGCUGCGGGGAGGGGUCGACGUGAUGGAGCUGGUCUUGCGCACGCCGUCCGCGAUGCAGGCCCUCCGGCUGAUCGCAUCGAAGGUGCCCGAGAUGGCGGUGGGGGCAGGCACGGUCCUCUCGGCAGAGCAGGCCGAGCAGGCCGUCGCCGCCGGCGCGUCGUUCCUCGUCUCGCCAGGCACCGCGGCGAUCUCCACACAUCUCACCACAUCUCACCAUACAUCGAGCACCAACCCGCGCGUCGUCGAAUGGGCGACGCAGCGCGGUGUGCCAAUCGUGCCGGGGUGCGCCACAGCGAGCGAGAUCGAGGCCGCGCUCGAGCUCGGGCUGACACACCUCAAGUUCUUCCCGGCCGAGGCGAGAUCUGCCGCUGCCGAGAUCGGCGGCGCGGCGGCGCUCAAGGCGCUCGGCGGGCCAUACAAGGACGUGCGGUUCAUGCCGACCGGCGGCGUGACACAGGCGAAUUUGCCCUCGUACCUCUCGCUGCCAGGUGUGUUUGCCGCCGGAGGGACAUGGCUCGUGCCGGCAGAGGCGGUGGCCAAGCGGGACUGGGCGGCGGUGGAGGCUCUGACGCGUGCGGCGGUGCAGGCCGCAGCGGAGGCCAGCUGA